GUUGCAGCCUCGCGAUAGAUAUUCUGCCCUCCUACAUGAGCCGUUCAACAAACUUUGUUUCUCCCUUAUUCUUCGCCUUUCCCACGUAUCCUCCCUCUGUAUCGCUCAUUCGCACCCCUAGUUCUAUCCCUUUUAGGCUAUUCUCACAGAGUUCAUCUCCAUGCGGGUCAACCAUUCGCGUCGAUGAUAUUCCUCGCCACCGAGGCUGCUCAGCCUUAACCCCGAAGUCAAUUUUGUUGAUUCAACCCCGCCGCUUGUCUCUCUACUCCCAGCACAACUCGCCUGCACAGGCAGUUGAACUACACAGCGACAGCAUGGACUUUGAUGCCCUCCGCGCGCGCACCCUGCGCUCUGGCGCAGAUGAGGAGGCAGUAACAGUCAACACAAGGGCUCUGAUUGACAAAGUCCUGGCCAGGUACUCUGGAGAAUGGACCGUCUUGCGAGAGUUGCUACAAAACGCGGCAGAUGCAUCAGCAACCAAGAUCACUAUCAAAUUCGAGACACUGCCCUCUGCCACCGUUCCUGUCCCUGCGGAUUCCUCACCGUCGAGUCUAUUGAGACACACCGUUCUACAUCAUACCUUAAAGAGACUGGUUGUGACAAACAAUGGGCAACCUUUCAGUGAGAAUGACUGGAAUAGGUUGAAGCGAAUUGCAGAGGGAAACCCAGACGAGACCAAAAUUGGUGCGUUUGGGGUUGGGUUUUAUUCCACUUUCGCAGACUGCGAGAAUCCUUUUGUCUCCUCGGGAAAGGAGGCAAUGGCAUUUUUCUGGAAGAACAAUUCAUUGUUCACGAGACGGUUGCAACUCCCGGAAUCCGAGACUUCGGGAGACACGAACUUCGUCCUUGACUACCGGGACACCACCUCUCCAGUGCCUCCGUUGCUCCCCCUGGCACAGUUCCUGGCAAACAGUCUGACCUUUGUUGGAUUGGAGAAAGUAGAGCUUUGGCUUGACGAGUGGAGUCUGCUUUCGUUGCAAAAGAAGACAUCCCCAAGCUAUGACGUGGCAAUUCCUCGUGAUAUUGAGCCCAAGACGAGCGAGGGCUUUAUGAAAGUCACCAAUGUCUCAAAAGAAAUUGCACAGAUCGAUGGCCAUUGGAUGACCGUCAUUGGCUGGAAAGCAAAAAAGGACUCAGCUCGGUCAACUGAGAAAGACUCCGCUCCCUCUCUUCGCAAAUUCUUCUCACGGCUGGCAGGAACUAUGCAGGAAGAGAGCCAGGCCGAAGUCCGACCUGACCGCUCGGCCGAGAUAGACCUGUUGGCGACGAAAGUCUCUGCCACUGUCUUCCUAAAUGUGAACACGGCCACGAUCAAGACAUUUACCGGUCAGAAGUUCAACGAGGAGCUGGAGCGUGCAACCAAGAAACCGCCUCCAAAGUUUACAAAACUCGCCAUCCUGACGGCCCCUUAUAUCGAGGAUGCCAGCCUUGCCAAGGCGUCUGCUGCUGGUGAUGUCUUUGGGACGGUGCUUCCAAGCAGAGGGGGGAAGAUAUUCAUUGGCUUUCCCACGCACCAGACCACCGGGCUGAGCGCACAUAUUUCCGCACCUUCUGUCAUUCCAACAGUCGAACGCGAGUCUAUCGACCUGAAUGCCAGAUAUGUGAGGACGUGGAACAUGGAGAUGCUUCGUGCAGCUGGUAUUGUCUGUCGGAUUGCAUGGUCCUGUGAGAUGCAAGAGCUCAAGGAAAAGACCCUGCGAGCAGCCAACGGCAAAUCCAAGAUUCGCAUGGAAGAAGUCAAUCCUUUUCUGGACGAGGCGAUCACUACAUUCAAGAAUUUCACCUUCAGGGAAUCAACUCCUUCAGCUUCAAUAGGUCAGCUACUUGAAGAUGCCUUCUGGACAUGCAGCAAGAAAGCAUCCAUUGAGGUGGUUUCCACGUGCGGAGUCCUUCCUACUCACGACGUCCGUAUUGCUCCGAAGGACAUGAGCUUCAUGGAAGGCAUUCCAAUCUUGCCUGAAAAGCUGGCCUCUGAGGCCAAUGUUUUGGUGUCUAAGCUCGUCGACUUCGGUCUCCUGACUGAAGUGACUGUAACCGACAUCAAAUCUGCUCUUGAGUCGAGUCCUUUGACCACGCCGCAAGUCUCCGAGUUUCUUGGUUGGCUCACAAAACAAGCAACCCGUGCAAAACUUGACAAGUCGACAAUAUCAAGUCUGCUGGCCGUCGCAGUCGCAAACGAUGACAGCCCAGAGGGGAACAGAAUUCCGCUUCUUCAACUUGGAGAAAUUCGUCAUUUCUUAAAUCCUAGCAGAACACCCGUCGACUUCCCGGUGCCCCCGUCAGUGAUGCCCUUCAAGUUCACGAAGAGCAUGAGCAAGCAUGAGCUAGAGAGUCUCGGGUGGGAGGAGCUUCAAUUGGUAACAUGGGUUCGUUGGCUUAUCGCCCAAUCUGGAAAUCGUCAUGUUCUUGCCGAAAACCAGGACAUCACAAAGUCCGCAGAAUUCAGCUCGCAGGUGUUGCCUCUCCUCUCGAAACAGUGGGAUUCGCUCAGCCAGCCAUCGAGGUCGUCGUUGGUGGAAUUACUCGUCAAGCACACAGUAAUCCCCACGAAAUUCGGGAUGAGAAAGCCCAGUGACGCCUAUUUUCCAAGUGUCAAGUUAUUCGAUGAUCUCGCAAUAGUCGAAGGACUCGUAAAUGUCAAGGAUAAGUUCUUACUCGCCCUGGGUGUCCGCAAGACAGUGGAGCUGGGAGUCGUGUUCGAGCGACUUUUGGCACUGGAACCCAAAACUGCCAAAACCGUUGGCAGUGCGAAGCCGCAAUGGAGUCACGUUGAUCUGAUCAAAUACCUUGCCUCUGUAAGUGAUGAUAUCCCAGGAGCCGACAUACAAAAGCUCAGAAGCACCCCUAUAUGUCCCAGCCAACUCAAGGGCAAGGACGGAGGCGAGUCCACAGAGCGAUACAGAGUGAGCGAGCUGUUUGAGCCACGACACGACCUGCGCGAACUCGGGCUACCUGUUCUGGCUUGGCCCGGUGUCUAUCGGAGCAACACUCCAGAAGGGAAGUUCUUGAACGCCCUCGGUCUUCGGACCACGCCUCUGGUCCCAGAACUCAUCCAGAUCAUUGCGGAGGCGGGCAAGAAAGGACCCAAAUAUGAUCUGGACCACCGAGACCGAGCGCUAGCUUAUUUCUUGUCUCACCACCAUGCUUAUGGCUAUGGAUUGUUUGAUUAUCAGAGUGUCAUGCUUCCUUUCUUGCCACUCGAGAACAAGCCCGACCAGCUUGCUACUCCGACGCAGUGCUUUGCGAAUGAAGGAGCUGCUCUACUCGGUUUCGAUAUUUUGAAGCGCGACUGGAUACCCCACGCCACGAAGUUCGGUGUUAGGGAGCAUCCGCCCAUGGAUCUCUGCAUCAAUAUCCUUUCCAAACGGCCUCCAGUCACGGCUCACGACGCCCGGGCCAUCUUUACCUAUUUCGCAGGUCGGCUAGCAGAGAUCAACAACCACAAUAUGUCGAGACUGAAUGUCAUGGAUUUCAUUCCCAUCUUCGCCAAGAACAAGGAGAAGUCGGCUCCCAAACUUCACACGUCCCCUCGAAACUGUUUCCUGGGCGAAAAUGAGGCCUUCGGGGAGAUCUUCCACUAUGUCGAUUUCGGUGCUGAAGCAAACUCCUUCCUCAUCAAAUGUGGAUCGAAGCAAGAGCCUUCUAAAUUAGAGAUUGCGCAGAUCCUUGUCAAGGAGCCUGCGCGGAUUUCUGCAACGUUCCGCAAUGCUGAAAAGUACAUGGCCUUGCUCCGUAGCAUGGCCGAAGCUACCAAAACCCUGAAGAAGAACAAGGAGCUCUGGGCAGAGAUGAGGAGGGCACCGUUCCUCCUUGCAAGCCGGGAACUCCCACCUCCAACACCGUCGGCAGAGAAGCAUACGAACCAUGCCGACGAUGCCGAUAAUCUCGACGAGGACGAGGCCCAAGGCAUCCGCGAGUUUCAACUUUGCAGCGCCGAAGAUGCUAUCAUCAUUGACGAUUACAUUAACUACAACCUGUUCAAGGCAAGCAUACUUGCCGCACCCCAGGAGGAAAGCCUCGAGGACUUUUACUUUGCUUUGGGAUCUCCGUUGCUCAGCUCUCUGGUGGAGGAGGCGGCGCGCCAUGGUCCUAGAGCCCACGAUCAGAAACCUGCGCAGAAGUUACAGAAACAGAUUUUGGAAAGGUCGACAUUAUUUCUGCAUGAACAACCGCCGGACACCAUCAAGCACGAUGCAAAGUGGCUGGAAAAGAACCUACAGGUUCAGCUUGUCUCAUCCAUCUCACUGAGAAGAUCAUUGCGAGGAAGAAAUGUCAGUCACACAGAAAAGCGAACUGCUGUCAUCACAGCAGUGAACAGAGAGUACACGUUGUGGAUCACCGGUGCAAAGCCCGACCUCUACCAAGUUAGCCAGGCUUUGGUCCACAUCUUGCUAACAAGACCCAAGCUGCAUUCUGCAAUCACUCUCGAAAUGCUAUUGAAGACUGAUCUACUUGAUCUCCGCGCACGGGGUUUCAAUGUCUCUCGCAUUCUGCGACAGAAGGCGGCAGAGGCCCGGCUCGCUGAGAAUAAGAGACAACAAGAACUUGAGGAGCAACAGAAGAGGAUUGAGGAGGAGGAAAAGGCAUGGCGAGCCUCUCAAGAACAAGCUGCAAAGGACAAAGCUCCACGCAAUCACGUCCCCGGUGGUUUCCCAGACUCACCGGAUAGCAGAGCACUGACCGGCCCGGAACCCAGCACGGCCGCCCCAGUCGGCAGUGAGGACUUACGGAGACAUGGUCGUAAUUUGUUUUCCAAUCUUUCGCGUCAGCUUGGACUUGGCAACAACCGUCACAUUCAACAGAUGUUGGGCCGCAAUGAUGAUGAGCCUCGAGAGGCCACAAGCGGUGAGACCGCAGACCCACCUCCUCCCUAUCAAUACGAUCAGCAAAAUGGUCAGACUCAGUCGACCGGGUCGUCAGUCACCGCGCCUCACCAGCUCCGGGAGAACCUGCUCACCGCCAUCAAAAAGUCCCGUGCCCACAAUUCCUCAGAGCUGUUCAGUCGUGGGGAAACCAAUGUCCUCCAAGAGACCAAAUCCUACUGCGACGAACACCCUGCACAUGAUCUUACUUUCGUUGCUGAGAUCAAGCACGGUAUCCAAUGCUUCCUCUCCCCUUCAUCUGUGUCCAACUCGUCACAAUUCCUGCAGCAACACUCCAACGGGUUGACUGCGUUUGCCAGCCUUUUGAAUUUGGCGGGAGAAGUGUUUUCCCUCAGUACCCGCACGCUGAAUAUUUUCUUCGAAACCUCGGGAAAGACUAUUGGUUUCAACCGAAACGGAAGCAUCUUCUGCAAUUACCGGUAUUUUGAGCAACUGCAUGAACGAAACAUGGCAACGGCGGGGAAAGAUGCGUACAGCGAGGCUUUUGUCUACUGGUGGGUGAUCUUGUGUCAUGAACUGGCACACAAUCUUGUCGCGGACCAUAGUUCGGACCACAGUUAUUAUACGGAGGGUUUUGUCGCCCAGUACUUUACCAAGGUUGUCAAAGUUUUAGGACAAGCACAGACACAGCAAAAUGCCAGUACAGAGGCCCCUCUCGUCGAGAUUUGAAGAGACGAUUAGAAGAAGGGGCCGUUUGGGCGGAUUCUUUGGGCUGGGUUGGGUGUUGCUAACUCUCAUCGGUGCGAGCUCUUUCUUGUUCUUUCUGGGUAGGAACUAGACGACGAACGACUCUUCUCCAGAUACUAGAUAGAAAGGAGGAUGGAUGGAUUGAGAUGUGGACCAAGCCAUUGCAUCCAGAUGUAUAGAUUAUGCACAAGGAUAGAAAAGGCAAUAAGGAGCACAUAUUCCUCUCCAUUUAGGAGAGAAAGACGCCUAGAGGGCCUGGACAAACGGUUGACACCAUGACGGCCUUUAUUUUUGGGAAUGUUUCAAUCAGC